UGGGCCGAGGGCCUCACUCUCUACUGCUACAUGCUGCUGCUGGUGCUGCCAUGCGUGGCGCUGAGCGAGGUCAGCAUGCAGGGCGAGCACAUCGCGCCGCAGAAGAUGAUGCUCUACCCGGUGCUCAGCCUUGCCACCGUCAACGUGGUGGCCGUGCUGGCGCGCGCCGCCAACAUGGCGCUCUUCCGCGACAGCCGCGUCUCGGCCAUCUUCGUGGGCAAGAACGUGGUGGCGCUCGCCACCAAAGCCUGCACCUUCCUCGAGUACCGCCGCCAGGUGCGCGACUUCCCGCCGCCCGCGCUGGCGCUGGAGCUGCAGCCGCCGCUCUUGCCCAACUCCGUGCCCGCGCCGCAGCCGCUGCACGGCCCGCCGGGCCGUCCCCACGGGCCCUCGCCCACGCGCGACGCCCCUGGACACUUGAACGGGCCCUCGCG